CCACAAAAUUCCAUGUGCUGUAGCCGAAGCAACACUGGAGGGCACGGGGGCGCGCAGCCUACGGGGAAUUACUUUGAAAAUCGAGAGCAAUUAUGAUUCAUUUUCCCGAUCUUAAUCGACGCAAUUAAGUCUUAAGUGCACUUAAUGAUAUCGCGCAUAAUCUCAUUUCUGUUUCCCCUUUCUGUGAAUGAACGGCCAUUGACUGCAGGUGAUUAAUUUCAACGUCUGGGGCUCUUGCCAUUUUUCGCGUGCCUGUCCGGUCAGUCACUCAGUGCCUAUUGUUUAACACGGUCGGGCUUGUCCAGCGUCUGCUACCUUUCUCUACAUACAGUAUACGCUGCUGACGGAAGGGGAGAGCGAGCGCUGCAGCGGAAAAAAAAGGCAAGGAGAAGUACAAAGACGGGGAAAAGAGGGGCGGGGGGAGGCCAGUCGUGUGGCUCCGCCCCGGUCUCAAACAGCUCACAUUCCUUAUUCGCAACCUUCCCGAUUAGAAACCGAAAAGAGACAGAGGAGAAAGACAAGGAGAAAGGCGAGCACGAUGACUAUGGCAUUACACAGACCGUCUCAGCUCCUGAAAAACGAACAUCGCACCCCUCUGACGGCGCUUCGAGCAUGGAUCACGGGCACAGUAGCGGCAGCACGGGUCAAUGACGCUACACCUGGUCCGGGGACACAAUGAGGGUUAUCUUUAUCCAGAACGCCGGCUUCGUUGCUGCUUUCUCGGGAAGCACUGACGGUGAUGGUUCUUCGUUUUAUUUUUUGACUUCGUAAUAUAGGCAGCGUUUAGGCUAACAGAAAACUAGAAGGGCUACCCUGCGUAAUUUAGCACGGCUAAGGUCUUAUGACCAUGCCUGUACGCGAGAAAAGAACGAGGAAAAAUAUUAACUGGUAUAGUCAAUGUACUUAGAAAUAUUUGACAUAUUUGCGGCUUUGAAAUUGCCUAAAUAAUAUUGUGCAUUAACACCAGUGGGACACGCAGGGACGCUUUGAAAUCGAUAGUAGAGAUAGAUGCUUGGAUGGGUUUUUUAAAAAUUAUUUUUAAAGUCAAUUACUUAAAUUACCUAAUUAAUCAUACUUUUUUUUUGCAUUCAUCGUAGGUGCUAAACAAUUUCAUCUCGUAAAUAUUGACGUGUUAUCCGAUAUCAGAGAGCGAUUAGUCCUUUUCUUCAUUGUUUCUAUCCUUGAAUGCUGGAUCUGACGAUAGCCUGCUGUACUGGACACGUUAAGAGUUGCGAUACUCCCAGCAAACUAAAAUAUGCCUGAGAGAACAGAGGCCUUUGAAAUUAACGAUGCAUUUCAGAUCUGAUUAGCAGUCAAUUCGUUUCUGAUCACGCAUCGCUCGUCUUAAUUUAUUUAUUUAUUUAAAGCUAUUAUUAUUAUUAUUAUUAUUAUUAUUAUUAUUAUUAGGCUACUACUACUUUUACUACUAUUACUAUUAGACUACUACUACUUCGGAUGUAAUUAAGUAAAUACACGGACACAGAGAGCGCUCGCGGUCGCAGCACUUUUUGACUCGAGAUGGAAACUGAAACCCUCUCGCCCCGUCGGCUGUCCGGUUACGGGACUGAAAAGCCCCGGUCACCGGCCGACCGCGCCGGGGCAGAAGCAGUGACGGCGCACGACGGCAGGAGGGGCUCGGGGGUGAGGAAACACCAGCACAAACACAACCUGAAGCACCGCUACGAGCUGCUGGAGACGCUCGGGAGAGGGACGUACGGCAAAGUGAAGAAGGCCCUCGAGCGGCACUCCGGCAGAGAGGUGGCGAUUAAGUCGAUCCGUAAGGAGAAGAUAAAGGACGAGCAGGACAUGGUGCACAUCCGCCGGGAGAUCGAGAUCAUGUCCUCCCUCCGACACCCCCACAUCAUCUCCAUCUAUGAAGUGUUCGAGAACAAGGAUAAGAUCGUGAUCGUCAUGGAGUACGCCAGCAAGGGCGAGCUGUACGACUACAUCAGUGAACGGCGGCGUCUGACCGAGCGGGAGACUAGACACUUCUUCAGACAGAUCGUCUCCGCCGUGCACCACUGUCACAAGAAUGGUGUGGUACACCGGGAUUUGAAACUGGAAAACGUGCUACUGGAUGAAAACUGCAACAUUAAGAUUGCAGACUUUGGGCUCUCCAACCUCUACCACAAAGACAAGCUCCUGCACACCUACUGCGGCAGCCCCCUGUACGCCUCGCCCGAGAUCGUCAACGGAAGACCCUACCACGGCCCAGAGGUAGACAGCUGGGCUCUGGGAGUUCUGCUGUACACACUGGUCUACGGAACCAUGCCAUUCGAUGGAGGAGACCACAAAAACCUCAUCCGCCAAAUCACAAACGGGGAAUACCGCGAACCGACCCAAUCUUCAGACGCACGCGGGCUGAUCCGCUGGAUGCUGAUGGUGAACCCUGACCGGCGGGCGACGGUGGAGGACAUCGCCCAUCACUGGUGGGUCAACUGGGGCUGGAGGAGCAGCGUGUGCGACUGCGACUCGCCGACGUUCCGCGACGUUCCCGGGAGCGCCGGCUCUCCCAUGCUGGCGCGCUUCAUCGACUGGCAGAGCCACGCCCCCGAGCCCCGCCCCGCCCGCCCCGAGCCCCAGACCUGCUCCCGCCAGCGCCCCAAGAAGCCCAAGAAGGAGAACCACCGAGGAGGAGGAGGAGGGGCGGGGGAGGAGGAGGAAGAGGAGGAGGGGAAGGUGGGGAUGAAGAAAAGGCCAAAGGGGAUCCUGAAAAGCCGGCCCAGUGCAGAGCGGUAUGCGCACAGCCUGGCUGAGCUGGAGCGGGGCCUGACCCUGCUGCCCCGGGACCCAGACUCAGGGUCCAGCCCGGGGGAGGAGGAGGGUGGGGGGGGAGACUCGCCUCCCAGAAUGCCCCCAGCCCUCCCCCCGAAGAAGGGCAUUCUGAAGAACAGCCAGCAGCGGGAGUCUGGGUACUACUCCUCCCCAGAGCGCAGUGACUCCUCCGAGCUGCUAGGGGGCGCCACCACUGCGUUCCUCACCCGCUCCAGCUCCCCCUCCAAGAGGACGUCCGGCCGUAAGGGCAUCCUGAAGCGCAACGGGAAGUACUCCACCAAUCACAGCCAUCAUCACCCGGUCGCCGGGGAAACCGCCCCCCCAAGAGACGGCCUAUCACGGAGCCAGAGCCGGCCCUCCAGCAUCGUCGUCGUGGGCGACGGGGAGGGGGGGGUGGGGCUGUCGUUUCGGGACGGAAUGCCGGACUGGCCCCCUGCGGCCCCCCGGCCCAGCAUCAGGGCCUGCGUCUCGGCCCAGGACCUGCUCCAGAUGGGCCCGUUCGGGGCCCCGGGGGCCCGGGUGGGCAGGGGGGGACGGAGGGGGUCCCCGGGGGACAACGGGAGCUUCUCUCUGCUGGGAGACGACCUGGACGACAUGACCGAGGUGUACCAGCAGGCCCUGGAUAUCAGCAACAACCUGGCGUAGAGAGGGGAGUGUGUGUGUGUGUGUGUGUGUGUGUGUACGGCAUGGAGUGUGUGUGUGUGUGUGUGUGUGUGUGUGUGUACGGCAUGGAGUGUGUGUGUGUGUGUGUGUGUGUGUACGGCAUGGAGUGUGUGUGUGUGUGUGUGUGUGUCUGUUUGAGGCACCGUAGGUUAUACUUGUCUAUAGGCGGGCCAUAUUCACAUAAACCAUCAUAUAAACACACACACUCACACACACACACACACACACACACACUCACACUCACACACAGGGUAACCCCAGUCUGAGUUUACCAAAAACACCCAGCUCCAGCACACUAAAAACAGUGAGCCAGGGUCUAUUUCCACACAAACUGCCAGUGCUGAUGAUGGAGCCAGUGUGGUGUUCACUGGGACUGGGGUGGUCUGGCCGUCCUGGAAGAGAAAUGAGCCAAGCGUCUCCCUUUCUCCCGUGGAACUGACGUAUACCAUUGCUAUGGAAACCAAUUCUCCCAGCUCAUGUCUGAUAUUACAGGAGUGAUACACAGGGCCAUAUAUCAUCAUAAUCAACACGAGUAUUAUGUAUAGUGUUGGAAAUUAUACAGUGUAUGCCCACCUGUAGCAAGUGCCUUCUGAAUCCAUGUGAAGUUGUGUAUGUCAUUUCCUGGGAGCAGAGGAACACUCAAGCAGGUUCUGUUCACCAGGAGGAGGACCUCAAAUAUACAAACAGUUCAAUAAGUGUGGGGUCUGAUGAGGUUUAGACCUCAGAACUCAGAAAGUGGUGUGUGUGCUCACCUGCACAGACACACACACACACACACACACAGGUGUGCUGAUGUGAACACAGGUGUGCCCCUUUCACCUUUGGGAGAAAACGUCCAAAGGUGGAGAGUUAAAGGUUAGCGUUUGUGAGUGUUGAGAGAGAGAAGAGGUCGGGGGUCUGAGGCCCAGGUGUGUAAACGCUUUGUGUGAGCCACAGUCUGUUUAAACCCCCGAGGGCUCAAACUCAAAGGGGAGGACUGGCCUUUCCCAUAAUCCCCCUGGCUCACUAUCAGACCAGAACUGUUGCUGUUGUCAGGGUUACCGUUUAAACCCGAGCAGAAUCAGCCGGCUGGAUCAGGAGAUUACCUGAGACGUCAUAGAGACAAUGGUGGGAGACCUGUUUGUAUUUGACUUCUCUUAUCUUUUUUCUUUCUUUUACGGGGGAAAUGGUGUGUUCUUUAGUCUAAAUCAGUUAUUGCUUUUUCAGACAUUCAUGCCAAGGCAAAGGAUUGGUGUGGCAUGUCUGUGAGAUAAAACUGCAGAAUAAACGGUUUGCUGUAGAAAUGAGAGAGUAGAGGAGUGUAGAGGCGUAGGAUGAGGCAGGAUUAAAGUUUGAGAUGUGGGACAGAGAGUAGAGAAGUGUAGAGGUGUAGGAUGAGGCAGGAUUAAAGUUUGAGAUGUGGGACAGAGAGUAGAGAAGUGUAGAGGUGUAGGAUGAGGCAGGAUUAAAGUUUGAGAUGUGGGACAGAGAGUAGAGAAGUGUAGAGGUGUAGGAUGAGGCAGGAUUAAAGUUUGAGAUGUGGGACAGAGAGUAGAGAAGUGUAGAGGUGUAGGAUGAGGCAGGAUUAAAGUUUGAGAUGUGGGACAGAGGAUCAGAGUGAAGUGAGAAAGAGGGCACUUUUCCUUCGGAGGGAAAGCUUCGUGUCGGAGUAACAUUUUCCCAGUUUCCCUCCAGGAAAAUGUUUGGUGGGAAACUCAGUGGGAGUUUCGGGAGUGGAGAAAGGGAAGUGGAGAGAUUGUGAAGAGGAAGUAGAGCAGAGGUAGAGUACGUUUGUUUUUUGGACACCAAAGAAGGGUGCAGCUUUAAAGUGGAGAAUCAAAACAGCUGAAAAAGCAAUUAAGCUACAGGCCAGGAGGCAGAGAUGCUGGCAACAAGUAAAAAAGGACAAACAGCCAAACGAAUAUACUUUAAAUAACACACCAAAGAACCUGAGUUGUAUUGAUUUACAGUCCGUUUCUUAUGUAGAAAGAAAUUGGCUUUUGUAGCGUAGUUUAACUAAUAUAGAGGUGAGAGGUAAGGUUAUGGAAAGUUAUUUUAUUUUUGGGUCUCCCCUGCGAUAGGGGGGGAGGGUAGGUUGGUGGGGGGGAGGAUUGUUGGACUGAAUGAUUUGGGCCAAAUGCAACAAUGAACAGAUGAAGCUUGGUUCAUAUACAAAACACUGCAGUUAGUCUAGUCCUAGUGGUGAGACGGUAUACAACAGGGCCACAGUGUCUGCAGGUUUAACUCCAGUCCUGGAGGGCCGCAGUGUCUACAGGUUUAACUCCAGUCCUGGAGGGCCGCAGUGUCUGCAGGUUUAACUCCAGUCCGGGAGGGCCGCAGUGUCUGCAGGUUUAACUCCAGUCCUGGAGGGCCGCAGUGUCUGCAGGUUUAACUCUUCAGUUAACUAUAACACAUACAGGUUCUUACUGUCAGCAGCCAAUUUAGACCAAGGAAACGAGGUGUGUGGACUAUCAGAUACUUAGAUUAGCGCGGAAGUGCUGGAGAACAGCAGCAGACACUGCGGCCUUCGGGCCUGGCCGUGUUGAGUUUGGCGUGAGCAGAUGGGAGUGUGAGCCUGUGUGCAGGGCUGUGUGGGGUGUAGCCCGUAAUGUCAUUAUGGAAAGGCAUGCCUUGCAUGUGAACAGAAGGAUGCGUUGAGACUCAGUGGUGUGAUGGUUUCAGCGCCACAGACCCAGCGAGGCGGAACGCACACAGACGCACGGCCCUCUGGGACGUCAACACCUCCUCGCGCUCUGAGGAACGGCCACAGAUCAGUGUCCUGGGUUUUAAAAGCAAAAAAAAAAGACAUAAAAAUGUUUUAAAAAGUAUUUUAAAAAACCAAACAAAAAACAGAGCCAUUGUGUAUGGUAUGGUAGUGCGUAUGUAUUGUUUAACUGGAUUUACAGUGAUUAAAUUAUACUAUGUUAGUAUUUUUGUUUUUUUAUCAUGCUUCUGUUUUUGAUUCUACAAAAUAUAGAAACUUUGUAUUUGCUUUAUUUUUAUGGCAGAAAAUGUACUUUUUUGGUUUUUUGAUUUUGCUGUAAGCCUGUCCUAUCAGAAGACCCUUAAUGAGCAGCCUUCCAGCCAGCCACUGAGCUCUGUGAUUGGCUAGGAGCUGCAACUAGGUCCAGUUCUGCCCAAUCAGCAGCAAGGAUCCAGAGGUCUUAGCAGACAGAUCCAAUCAGAGGCGAACACAUUUUCUGCCAAACUGGAAGUAACUGGUACAUACUCAUUAGCUAGGAGGAAGUCUAAUUAUAGUUAAAACUUGACUGGAUAUUGUUUAUGAGGAUGACGACGCUGAUGACGAUGAUGAUGAUAGUAUUAUUAUGUUAUUUAAGUACUCUUAUUUUGUUACUGUACUUUAUGGUCAUUGCUACAGCCAUGAUUUUCCCUUUGGUGUUGGUUUGUAAGACCGCAGAAUGCCAAGGCCAUGUUAUGUUUAGUGCCUUUUUUUUGCUGUCAAUCAAGAUCAUGUUAAUUAUUAUAAUGAUAAUUAUUAUCAUUGUUUGUUGUUUUUUUUUUUAUACUUGUAUUUAUUGGUGUUGAAGCCAUUUGAUUUGGUGUGGUGCUACCCGGCCAGGCCACGUGACCGUGUCUCAGCGACUCGCAUCAUCGGGAGAGGACAGGUUAGGAAGGGGGCGGAGACUCUGCCAGAGCGCCAGGCGUUCCCAUGGCGACUGACAGAUUUGUAGUCCUUCUCUCUGCCGCAGUCAUGGUUACCAGUGGAACUGUAGUCCUUCUCUUUGCUCUGGCCAGAUCAGUGGGGAAAAAAUGAGAUUUUGAGAGAUCAUGUACAAGGGACUGCCACCCUCUUUGUCUUCCUACAACAGUGGCACUGCAAUACCAACUCAAAUAAAUGGAGCAUUUCAAAAACA